CGCUAUAGCGAUUAAAUAACAAAAACAAAAAAACAAUGAAGUCGUUAUUCAUGACGCUACUCACACAUCCUCAUGAGGAAAAAUCCUCAAACGACUGGAACAUGGAGGAUGCAACCGUCAUGGAUGUGGCGGUCAUUAGUGAGUCCGAGGAUGAGGAUACGGUGGAGAAAGUGACUAAAUCUUCCAACAAGGCCGGCGAUGUUACCCGAAAAGAAAGUGUCUCCCCCAAAGACAUUUCUGACGACGAUGUGGUUGCAGUGCCCUUGGAUCAAGCGAUAGUCGCAAAGCAAAAGGAAAUUCUUCGCAUGCUGCCGUUCAUCGAGGAAGUGAAGAAAGCGUUUGCGUCCAGCCUAUCCACGGGACAAGCCUCACGCCUAGACGCCCUCGUCCGGCUUGUGCAGCGAGACAUUGUCACCAUGUCGACCCUGCUGAAAAUCGAGUCUAUUGUAAUGAAGCUUAAAACGAAAUUCGGUGAAGUGGUCCGGAGUAAACAGGGCAUUGGUUCCGCAUCAGGCAGCCGUCAAACAACCCUCGCCCAAAGACGCUUAAACCAGAAGAGUGAAUAUACAGAUCGUGAACAAGCCGCAGACAGAGAAAGCACUGCCGCAGUCACGAAUCAGAUCAACAACCACAAAGAAAAGUAUUCUGGACAAAACACAAACAAAGGACCGACAAAGCGCAAACAGAAGCCGAGCAGGGAUGCCGGUGGUGAUACAAUAUCGAUAAGCUCGUCCGGCAGUGAGAGUGAGGAGCCCAAGGAACCGACAAACCGAAAAUGUGAUCCUCAGAGCAGGCCUGCAACAUCGACCGGAGCUUCGACUGCAGGACAUAAAUCUGUCCCACUUGUCCACUCAUCGCCAUCGAGUAAUGUCGCAGAAGAGGCAGCGCGCAGGUCUUUUGCCAGUAGUUCCCCCAGCUUGCCCUCGAACAAGCCAAACCAUAAGAACACAGCAAUUGAAGCAAAGACUCAGGGCACAACUUCACAUCACAAGAGACCAGAUUCUUGCAAGUCGAAUACCAGUCAAAAGCCCAAAGAGGACGACAGACCUCCUUUACAAGGAGAAGGUGUACUGGCUGCCAUAAGGGCAGCCAGAGAACUGGACAGAGAACAGAAGCAGGCCCGAGAGUUGGCCAAUAAAGAGCGGGCCAAAACUAGGAGUUUACAACUCAAUGCCGGCGACAAUUUGGGAUUCUCGCGCAGAUCGAAUUCUGAUCCAGCAACAGCAAAGGCGGCAGUUACCCAGAAAUCAGCGCCUCUGUUUACACUUGGCUCAUCUGUUCCAUGUGAUGACGAUUCCACCUCAGUGGCGUCAAUGUGUCAGUCAAAACCAAACCAGCGGCACCAACAGCAGCAGCCGGCCAAAGAGCCAUCAAAAGGUAGUCCUUCACUAUGUGAUAAAGAUGCUAACAGAAGUGAGACUCCAGCCAGUCCACUCUCGGAGGCACGCAAGAAGCUGGCAGCCAUGCUGCUGGAAAAGCUGGAUCCCCCCGCGGGUGUGGAAGCGGGUCUUGGCGUACCGUGCACAUUGCCGCUAGCAUCGAACAGCAUGGAUCCGCGUGGAAGGAAUCCCAAUUACAACAGUAAUUCCUUGUCCACAGCCGUUUCGAAUGUUCUUGGCUCCCCGCCACCUCCUCCCCCCAGUGUCACACGCGAUACAUCGCCAGUGCCGCCAGCGCCGCCAAUGAAGGCGGGCUCCUUAUGGACACGCAUUCCAGUGCCAGGAGCAGGACCAGGAAGAGGAAGCAUGGGCUUUGCAAGCCGAGGAUCACGUGGGGCGCAUGCGCGGCCUCCUCACAUUCAUCAUGAGAACCAGCGGCCUGUAUUCUCUGACGGCGAGACACAGUCCUCUGGCCCUGCUCCCCAUGUUCCCAAUGGCUUUCAUGCUGUCGAUCCAAGAUUGAAUCCACAUGAAACCACCCGGGAUCCACGUGAAUCAAGGGAUCCUCGGGGUCCACGCUUUCAGAAUAUGCCACGCCCUAACCAUCAGCAGCAGCAUCAAAAUCAGCAACAACAGCAGCAUCAGAAACAGCAGCAUAAUCAGCAGCAACAGCAGGACUAUACUCUAUGUAACCCUACGAACUGGCAAUCAUCCUCCUGGAAUAACAAUGAACAAAUUGUCUUUAAUGGUUUACCUGGAUGUGGUCCCAUCCAGACCCCAUCUAGACCCCAUUUAGUGGGAGGCAGCUUUCGGGGCGGACAUGAGAGCCGUGGUCGUGGUGGUGGCGUCGGCGGCAUUAGCCAUCGAUACAUUCUACCAGCCAGAGGACGAGGCGGAGCUCAAUAUGAUGCACCGCGUACAUAUCGAGAGCAUCGUGAGGUGAAGGCCAGAGAAAAGGCAGCAGCCGCUGCCAAGGUGGCCGAGAUGCAACGCCUGGCGGAAAUCGGGAAGAAACGCCUGCUGGAGGCGGCCGAGAAGCAGCGACAGCAGGAAGAGAGAGAUUCUGCGGCCAUAACGGUGCCGGUUACGGCAUUGCCAGACCUCCAGCUAGACACCUCCUAUCGCAACGUCAUCGUGAAUAAUCCGGCCAAGAAGAUCGACUUUCGAAUACCCAAGAAGACGACGACAGCGGCCACGACAGCCUCGACCACAGUCCAAUCAAUGGCCAUUGGUAAAGGAGGGAAGAUCGCCAGAUCAACUACGAGUCCACCAGAAAGCAAAUCCUCUGAUGAUAACGACAUAGAUAAGGAUAAGAUUACUGAUAAUGACAAAGAUGCUCCUGCCACAGAUAUCAAUUCACCCAAUAUGGAGAAGGAGAAUGAAAAGCAACGGAAUAGUCCAAAAGAUCUAGAGAAACCUGAAAGAGCGGAGAAAAAGAGUAAAUCUAAAGAUGCGGAGAAGAAAAAAAAUAGAUCCAAGGAUGAGGAUAAAUCAAAAAAAGAAGUGGCUCAAACCGCAAAGAUUGAUAACGACAAAGAUAAGGAUAAGAGUACUGAUAAUGACAAAGAUGCUCCUGCCACAGAUAUCAAUUCACCCAAUAUGGAGAAGGAGAAUGAAAAGCAACGGAAUAGUCCAAAAGAUCUAGAGAAACCUGAAAGAGCGGAGAAAAAGAGUAAAUCUAAAGAUGCGGAGAAGAACAAAAAUAGAUCCAAGGAUGAGGAUAAAUCAAAAAAGGAUGUGGCUCAAGCCGCAAAGAAGGAAACCAAGAAAAAGAAAAAAAAGUUGCAGAAGGAAAAGGACAAAGAAAGCGACAAGAAAGCGACCGCAUCGUCCACUCCCGCUUCCACGUCCACCGCUUCAUCUGCCUCUACUGCGGAGAUUAUCGAGCAACAGAUAAAAUCAAUAAAUGAGCCCAAUGUCGAUAAUGUUUUUUCUCAUUCCUUCUCGGAUAAUGUGGAGAACGAGCCACCGAUGGUCUGCAUUUCCCUGGGCAAAGCACCCGAGGGCAAGCCAAAAACGUCAGAGGUACAGCCGGAGGACGCAGCAGCGAAGGUUGACUUGAAGGAAACAAAAACAGAAGCAGGAUCGGAAGCAAAGCCGGAUAAUGCGCCUGCGGCUGCAGCUUCGACUGCCAACGACUCUGAGUCGGAUGAAAAGGUACGAAAACUUUCCAAAAUGAAGAUUGUCCUGGGUCCGAAUGGCCACAGUACAUUCCUGGUGAACGAUGACGACUCCAUGCUGCUCGACAACUUUGGCCAGAAGUUUAAAGUAAAACACAAUGGAGAUGAAAAUAGGAAUGGUGGUGGGAAGAAGGAGGGGUCCCCAGUUAAUUCACAAAUUCAUAAGAUUAUGCGACGCCGCUGUUCAAUGGCACCGACGGCCAGCCGUCCACUCGUAGAUAAGGCCUCGAUCUUUAAUGGCAGCAGCCUGAUGUACGAGGACCUCACCGAACAGAAGCGCAAGGAGGAGAAGCAGUCGCUGAGGGCACGCCAUCUGGCGAAUAUAUUCGAAAAGACCAGCGAUAACUGUCGCGUCUCCACUCAGAAUAUUAUCAGUGGAAAGCGUCGAACACGUUGCAUACCCGACUGCUCCUUCAACGAAACGAUGUUAAGUCGGAAUCGCUUCGGUUUGGGUCAGAUAGUCAGAACGGCGAAGGAGACACCCGACGAAAAGAAGCGUCGAACCACGCCAGUGCCUCCGUCAGUAAAACGCAAACGAGGUAGACCUCCCGUCUCCGUCAAGAAUGAUAUUGUGCAAGACGCAAAGAGACCACGUCUGGAAAAAGCAAAGGACUCCGAAGAGCAGUCUGUUGCCCCAACAAUACCACCGCCCUCACCUCCUCCGACUGCGCCUACGCCAUCGAUCAGGAUUCGGGCACGCAAGAGGAACGAGCUGGANCCGUCGUCGGACUACAUGCUCCUGGAGUGGCUUGUCUUCGCGUUCCUCGAGAAGCAGUCGCUGAGGGCACGCCAUCUGGCGAAUAUAUUCGAAAAGACCAGCGAUAACUGUCGCGUCUCCACUCAGAAUAUUAUCAGUGGAAAGCGUCGAACACGUUGCAUACCCGACUGCUCCUUCAACGAAACGAUGUUAAGUCGGAAUCGCUUCGGUUUGGGUCAGAUAGUCAGAACGGCGAAGGAGACACCCGACGAAAAGAAGCGUCGAACCACGCCAGUGCCUCCGUCAGUAAAACGCAAACGAGGUAGACCUCCCGUCUCCGUCAAGAAUGAUAUUGUGCAAGACGCAAAGAGACCACGUCUGGAAAAAGCAAAGGACUCCGAAGAGCAGUCUGUUGCCCCAACAAUACCACCGCCCUCACCUCCUCCGACUGCGCCUACGCCAUCGAUCAGGAUUCGGGCACGCAAGAGGAACGAGCUGGAGAAGCUCACCGAAUACAUUUCAUCGAUGUACAACGGUGAGGAAGUGACACGGGCCAGUGGCAGAAGAGCAUGCACGGUGGCACAGGCGCAACGGCAUUCAGUGACGCCAGAGGAAUACGUAGAGACGAUAACCACAUCGCCAUCGUCAUCGAGAUCUCCUUCCCCCAUUCGUAGGCCCAUCCCGAGAGAGAUUCGAAAUAUGGCACGUCGCGGUCGAUCCUAUGGAACCUCUUCCAUGGACAGCGGCGGCAUUAAUCGAGCAUCAACAGUCUUACGAAGAAAUCAAGUGCGAGUGAGGAAGUGUUGUGUGCGUCUGCGGCGUUUCCCAAUGCCACAGAAAAAUGCCCCGAAUGUCCCGAAUCAGCCAACGCCACAGCGAAAGGAGCAGCAGAGGAAGCGAACCCAAAGAUCAGAGCCAAAUAUAAAUCCCGAAUGGCAUAUCAACUCCAUUGGGGCCGUCGAAUGUGUUGUUUGCCACAAGAAGAUCGGUAAGAAUCCCUCUGGCCACUAUUUGCAGUCCCACAAGGAGAACUACAUCUCCCGGCUGGCACCCGGCAUGCUCGACGAACUUCGCGCUGAGCGGUGCAAUCAGUUGCGGCCAGCGGCGGGUGACCCUACCAAGAAAAAGUACGAUUACAGGUGCCCCUUCUGCUUGAAGGAGCUGCAUAACUUCAUGUUUAGCAACAUUGCGUCGCAUCUGAUUGAGCAUACGGGCGAGAGCAAGGCUCAGUGCUCGUCGUGCCGGCAACCGAUACGGCGAAAGUGUCUCAUAAAUCGGCAUCGCAGGUACUGUACCCCCGACGCCCAAAUAGUUACCGACAAGAGAACCUGCCAGCUGCCCCUUACUCUGCAUGUGUGUCCUUUGUGCGAUUACGUGCAGACGGGGCAGGAGAGACGAGACGCCCACCUGGUAAAACAUCAUCGGCUGAGUAAGGAGCUGAUCGCAGCCAUGGAACUUGAGAGGGUCACCCUCUGCUGUCGUUCCACCGAUAAAAAGCCUCCAGCAGACGAAACCAAAUCUGAAUCGGCACCGAAAAUCUCCGUUCCUAAGGUGAUAUCGCGACGCGACUCGGUCAUGUGUCCGAAGACCCCCAAGAAGAGGAUUCGUUUCAAGAAACAACUACGAAAGCCCGAAAAUUCGCCCAAACGGGAGCACGAGUCCCAAGAGGAGGAGGGGCAGGAUGGCAUGCCAGUGUCACAGGAGAUGGACGAGAUCCAGGUGCCCUCAACUGUAGGCCAGGAGGAUGUGGCCGCCGAGUCCAUAUUGGUCGUCAACGAGUGCAUCAUGGACUUUGAUGCCGAAUUGGAAUUGGACAUAAAGCAGCUGGGUUCCCAGAUGGAGGAGGAUAUCGAGCAGGCGGAGUCUCGGCUGCAUGAGAAGCCGAUGGAGGAAAAGCCAGUUUUGACGGAGAUUAUUCCAAUGGAAACGGCAGAAAACACCGCCACGCAGGAAUCGCAAGCCAAACCGUUAGAAGAGGAGGCCUCCUGCUCAAAUGAUAUCCGAGAGACAGUUGUGCCCGCACUCCCUGUGGAGGUGGAGAUUCGCAGCCUGUCCGUGGAUCCCCUCAUGGGCAUUGGCAGCGCUGAUUCCGACAGCGGAAUGGAAUUCGAUGUGGGUGGGAAUGAUUUGGACACCGCAUCUGCAGCCACAUCGCGAACAGUUACAGGCCCCGGCCUUAAGGACGUCGACGAUGAUGGAAACAAGAGGGGCCCCGUGGACUGGGAAGAUCUCGUGGAAACUGGCUCUCAGGCCAGCGAUGAGUCUCGCUCCAAGUCGAAAUUCCAGAUUUUCAACCGUUUCUAUUCUCGUCUCACCAACGGAACGGCUGUUGGCGUGGGAGGAGGAACAGGAUCAGGAGGAGUAGGAGUAGGAGGCUCACUACGUCGGCAAUUAUUCCGUACGACACAAUCGACUGCAAGCAACAGCAGCGAAUGCGAUCCGAGUGAAUUGAUGCCUGAAAUGCGAGCCCUGGAACCAGAACCAACAGCAAAAGCAGCACGAAAGACACCAAUAAAGGCGGUACCGCAUUUGGUUCCAAUUUCCUACCCAACUGCUGCUUCAAAAGCGGCGCCAACUGUUCCCGUAGUUAAAGCAAUAGCAGCAGCAACCCCAGUAGAAACCACAGCAAUGUCGGCGCCCACGCGCGUGGAGAACGUGGCCUAUCGCAUGAGGAACGUCAAGGUGCCGCAGAGUGCCGUCUACUGUUGCCAGUAUCCUGGCUGCUCGUUCCUCUUCUCGAAUGAGCGCGAGGGCCUAGAGCGACACUUUGCCGCCGAGCAUCCGCAGGUGUCCUGGAGCGGCAGCUGUUUCGCCUGCAUCACGCAGGACCCGACAAAGGCGCUAUUGAUGCCACCGAGCUGCAUUGCAGAUGAGCUGCGUCACCUAGCUGAGGAGCAUAUGCCGGCAGAUGCAGCGAAUCCACCCGAGAAGCUUCCAAUGCCCAAGCUUCGAGUGCGUCGCUUCAGUGGCGAUUUACUCACGAAUGCUGCAAGGCAACAGCAACAUCAACAGAAAACUGUCUCCAUCAUCCCUGCGGAUAUGGAUGGGGAUACAUUAACCAAUGUGAUGCUCAGGGAUCUGCUGAAAGCCACGCCACGGCCAAUCAACCAGCAGGCGGACUUAAAUGCCUCCGGACUGGGGGAGUUUCUGUGCGCCAAGUCUGUCACUCCGCCUCCAUCAUCUGGCAGGGAAACGGAAACUCAAGGUCCAACUGCUACAAGUGGAAAUGGGAAUGCAAAAGAAAAUGGUGCAGUUCUGUAUAAUAAUAAGGAACAUACGGGCUUACAAAUCGUGACUGUGUGCCAUUUGGAUUCGUUGCCCAGUUUGCAGCCACUGAAUGAAUCAGCAGAGCCUGCGCUGGCAACUGUCAACAAUGGGGAUUUUAUGGUCACCCAAAGCAUCUCUGAGAACCACAUUAACAUUUGCCUGGAGCCAUCAGUAGCGGAAAUGGUAGCAAGAGAGCCAACAGGAUCAACAACCGGCAGCACCAUCCAACCGAUUGAGCUCUCGGAUAGUGACAGUGGCCGCAAUUUUAUCCAUUUAGCGCAGGAUCGUUUCCGUUGCAUGGCCGUUUCAUGCGGCUAUUGUGCCCACACAGUGUUGUGCAUAAGGGAGCACAUGAAUUUCCAUCGUUUUAGCUUUGGGAGCACCGACUAUCUAAAGUGCGGCUACUGCACCCAUGUGGCCAGCGAUGUAGAUGACUAUGUGCGUCAUGGCGUCUAUGUGCAUGGCCUGGCGCCGCGCCAUGAGCUGCAUGCAGACACCACAAGGCCGGCCGGCGAGAUGUCUGUUAGCCAACAGAUACGGGAGGCGCUCAAUCAGCGAAGGAAUGCAUUGCCGGCGACGGUACCGACGGUAGGGACAGCGCCAGUGGAACCGUCAAGCAGUUCGAAAGAAACGACUCCAAGGGGUGGAGUAACAAUUUCCAAAGUACUGUACGAUUAUCUACAGCCCACAGGAUACACGGACGACAAUCUGUUCGAAUGUCCGGAGAGGACCUGUGGGGCCCGACUGACAAGCGAAUCGUUUGUCAAUCACAUCCUCUACCACAUACGCAGCUCCAGCUCCCGUAGGGAAACGGAGCUGGUCAAGUGUCGGUUUUGUCGAGCGUUGGAGAUGCCGUCAAUGCUGAGGCAGCACUUGCUGACGCAGCACGCCCGGCACAGGUACAUUUGCAGCCAAUGCUUGGAGACGGCCGCCAGCAUGGAAAUGUUGACAUUCCAUGUGCAACAGGUCCAUCCGCAGGUGCUUGGCCAACCCAAUCACUCUUUCAAGACGAUUCAAGUCUUCCUGCAAGAGGGCAACGGCAAGAGGGCUGGCCAAAGACCCACGGUCUGUCAUGUGCUUGGGCUGCUGAUGCCCUUCGAGCACGCACAGUUGCAGAACGUUAAGCACAGAGUCAUUCGCGAGCUGAAACUGCGUGAGGCUGGCACAAAGAAUGUGUUUCGCUCGUCGGAGGCGAAGCUGCUGCCCAGCUGCGACACUGUGUUGACUGUAUCACUGCAUUGCGCCGAGUGUCUGUUUGUCAGCAAGGAGGUCGUGGACAUGCAGCGACACCUGGCCAUGCACAAACUGCAUACGAUCAAUGCGUUUACAGAAUCACAACGCCUUUUGGAGGCACAGCCUAGCACUGCCGAGAAGCAGCCAACCUCCGAGAUUACCCAACCAGCUCCGGUGGUAGGAGAUGUGGCCGCUGUAGCCACAGAUACAGCCACUGCCACUGCCGCCGCUAAGGGGGGGAUCCAUAAGGUGGUCAAUCCCUAUGUGCUGUACGUACCCUCACAGAGUCGCUUUGUGUGCGGUGCAUUGGGCUGCAGCAGACACAUGCCAUCGCUAGAGGCCCUCUGUAAGCACAUGACGAAGGAGCACAUGUACACGGAUGUGCUGUGGUGCAGCUUCUGUCGCACUCGUCUGAUGCAGCCGCAGCCCAACAAGAUGUCAAUCGCGAAGUACUUGAGGCAUCUAUCAACCCACAAGCGUCACAUGUACCAGUGCGGAGACUGCGGACGCGCCAAUUCCGAGCGCCACUUCAUUGAGCGGCACAUCAUUGACCGUCACCCGAAUCUCAAUGUGGAUGUGGUGAUACACAGGCAGAUUGCACGGCUACAGACGACAGCACGUUGGAUCAAGUUGCCCAAGCUAUCCAGGAACCCCAAUCACAAUCAAUUCAUCUGCAACCUGUGCCAGCACUUGGACAAUUCAAUGGAGAAGAUAGCCGCACAUGCGGAGGCUGUGCAUGGCAUUAGAAUUCCGUACAUUUGCUCUGUGCCGAAGUGUAGUUUUGGGUCAAAUGAGCCCAUACCCGCCAUUCAGCACAUGCUGGAUGAACAUCCGGAUGUGCAGGUGCAGCCGGCGCUUAUCUAUCAACGCGCUCUGGCGCGGACAAGGCAAACGAUGGGCUUCUACUGCUGUAAGUGUCGGCUGGCCUUUGCCAGCUUCCAACGGACCGUGUCUCAUCUGAAGGAGAACCAUGAGUGCCUCUGCCAGUACAAGUGUGCGCAUUGUGACUUCAAUUGCCAGCAGGAGCGCGGCGUUAUCAUGCACAUGAUGGAAAACCAUCCGGGCCUCAAGGGGCUGGCCGAGUGCCAGUUUGAGCGCGUGUUGGCCGACCUGCCCGAUUAUAUGGCCUGGGCCGAGGCCCAUCCUAUUGAGGAGUCACAGCAGCAAGAGCAAGGCGAUCAGCAGCAGGCCGAUCAGCAGCAACAGAUGGACGAAGACCAGGAGGAUGAGCCACACCAGGAGGAGAACGAGGAAUCAGGGGAACCAGAAGUUCAGGAAGUGCAGCAGCUUCCACCCGCUACCAAUCCAAAAAUCACUGAGGUGAUCGACCUCCUCGACUCGGAUGAUGAAGCGCAGACAGAGACUGCAAUAGCGAAUCGAGAACCGUUCAGCGAGGCCUUACAUGCAACCAUUUCAGAGCGGAAUAGAAUCCCGAUCGAAUCCCGUUCGGAUAAUAAUUUCUAUGUUUUCAGUUGCGGCCAUUGUGGGUUCAUUGCAGGGAAUCUGGCACAACUCAAAUCCCAACACUGGGCCCAGACGCAUCCGAAUCAAGCAUUCAUAUUCCGAGUGCAGCCGCUAUUGCUGUGCUGCCUGUGCAAGUCCUUCAAGAGCAAUGCCAACAAGAUGCGCGAACAUCUAAUAACAACGCACCGACGCAGCCGCCUGAUCAAGUCGAUCGGCUGUGAUGUGCGACGGCCGAGGGAGUGCGGUUUCUGCAGUUACCAAUACCAGGGCUGGGAGGAUCUCAUCAGCCACAUGGAGGAGGCGGCCCAUCAGAUAAAUGAUCUCAAGAACGUGACGGAAUCGGGCCUCGAGGUGCUGCUGAAGCUGAACCGAAGCGAAAGCGGUGCCGAGUACUAUAAAAUAUGCAGCCUCUGCAAGAAGGUGCUGCCCGAUCAGAUAGCGAUGUACCAUCACGGACAGCAGGAGCACGCCGAUCAGGGCUUUUGCUUCACGAAUGUCCACCCGCUGGUCUAUCACUGCUUCUACUGUGUGUUCACCUCGCUGGAGGAGAUGUCCUUACUGCGGCACAUGAUCACCCACUUUGGGGGCUUCCAAAAGUGCCACCAUUGCGAAAUGCCCCAGCCCGGUGGCUUCGAGCAGUACAUCCAGCACUGUUACACAAGCCACCACGAGGAAGUUGGUCGCUUUCGGCAAGUGUACACGUACAAAAUGAUAUUGCGCUACCUCCUGCAGACGGCCUACCAAUUCCAGAACGGCCUGAUCAUAAACAAGAACAGUCUGCUCAACACACGCCACAACAACGAUACUCUGAUUCGCCAGCUGUACGAAGAGCUGAUGGCCCGGGCCGAGCGUCCGCCCAUUCCCCGGAUUCAUAUAGGUCUCAAAAAUGUGGCAACCAUUGCUAAUGGGGUGGAGCCUGUGGCAAAAAAAGCCAAGAUCAUCAGGAGACGCCAGACCCUGGGUCCCGAUGAGCUAAUCAGGGCGAGGCUCUUGGAUGAACCAAGCUUUAAUCAAUCAACACCAAUAGCUGCAGCAGCCGCAGCAGUAGCCCUCGCCCCAAGCUCAACCCCAGGCCACAGCAGCAGACCAGCGAAUAUUAUUUGGUCUACAUCGUUCACAGGAGCUAAUCCUGCAACUCGACAGCACCCGCCGCCAUCAGCAGAAGCAGCAGUAGUAGUAGCAGAGGCAGCCCCUAGUCGGCAGAACACAGCUGCUUUAAAGGAGAGCAUAAUAAGGAACCUUAAGCGACGCAACAGUGUUGUGGUAUUUAGUCGUCCCUAAGGAUGCAGGACUAUUACUUUUAAGAUUAAUGCUCGAUUUAUGUUUCAAAGUUAAGAAUAUUCAUACAAUAAUUAGUUAAGAUUUGCCAUUUCUGAAACGGCCUCGAGUCACGCGGUCUCUUUACACUCGAGAGAAGAGAU